GGCGCCGCGCGCGGAGAGCCUCGGCCUGGCCGCGCUGCGCCCGCCGCCGCCGCCGCCGCCGCCGCCGCCGCCCCCUCCCCUCCCUCGGCCCUCCCUCCCUCCCUCCCCCGCGGCCCCGGCCCCGGCCCCCUCCCCGGCCGCCGCCGCCGGAGCCGCCGCACCGGAGAGCCGCCGCCGCCGGAGGAUGCGCCGCACAACAGUGUUCUAAGAACAGAGGCAUCUAGGCUGAAUGGAAUUCAGCAUCAAAAAAAGUCCUCUUUCUGUUCCGAAGGUUGUAAAGUGCGUGAAGAUGAAGCAGGCACCGGAAAUCCUUGGCAACACGAAUGGAAAGACUCCGAACUGUGAAGUGAGUCGUGAGUGCUCCGUGUUCCUGAGCAAAGCCCAGCUCUCCGCCGGUCUGCAGGAGGGAGUUGUGCAGAAGUUCAAUGGCCACGACGCGCUUCCUUUUAUCCCAGCCGAGAGGCUGAAAGACCUCACCUCCCGCGUCUUUAAUGGAGACCCCGGUGCUCAUGAUGCCAAAUUGCGUUUGGAGUCCCAGGAAAUGAAGGGACUUGGGACACCACCUGACACUACCCCUGUCAAAAAUGGCUCUCCAGAGAUCAAGCUGAAAAUCACCAAAACAUACAUGAAUGGGAAACCUCUCUUUGAAUCUUCCAUAUGUGGCGAUGGUGCUGCUGCUGUGUCCCAGUCGGAAGAAAAUGGACAAAAACCAGAAAAUAAAGUGAGGAGGAGCAGGAAGAGAAGCAUAAAGUAUGACUCCUUACUGGAGCAGGGCCUUGUUGAGGCAGCCCUGGUGUCCAGGAUCUCGAGUCCCUCGGAUAAAAAGAUUCCAGCUAAGAAAGAAUCCUGUCCAAAUAGCAGAGACAAAGACCAGCUGUUGAAGUACAAUGUCGGGGAUUUGGUGUGGUCCAAGGUGUCCGGUUACCCCUGGUGGCCAUGCAUGGUCUCCGACGAUCCACUCCUGCACAGCUACACCAAACUGAAAGGUCAGAAAAAGAGUGCACGCCAGUAUCACGUACAGUUCUUUGGUGAUGCCCCAGAAAGAGCUUGGAUAUUUGAGAAGAGCCUUGUAGCUUUUGAAGGAGAAGGACAGUUUGAAAAAUUAUGCCAGGAAAGUGCCAAGCAGGCACCCACGAAAGCUGAGAAAAUUAAGCUGUUGAAACCUAUUUCAGGGAAAUUGAGGGCCCAGUGGACAAUGGGCAUCGUUCAGGCAGAAGCAGCUGCAAGCAUGUCAGUAGAGGAGAGGAAAGCCAAGUUCACCUUCCUUUACGUGGGGGACCAGCUCCAUCUCAACCCCCACGUGGCCAAGGAGUCAGGCGUUGCUGUGGAGUCUCUGGGAGAAAUGGUAGGGUCCUCAGGAGUCAGGGAAGAAGCUGCUGACAGCCCCAAGUCCAUGAGGGAAGAGGGCGUUCCCGUCAAGAGGAGACGGAGAGCCCAGCUGUCCUGCUCUGCUGAGAACCAAGACAGUGACCCGGGGACAGGAAAGACCACUCCUCAAAAGACGGCAGAGGCCGAGCCCAAGCGAGGAGUGGGGUCUCCUCCAGGGAGGAAGAAGGCCGUGGCCUCCACUCCGAGAAGCAGGAAGGGCGAUGCGGCGUCCCAGUUUCUGGUCUUCUGUCAAAAGCACAGGGACGAGGUUGUCGCUGAGCACCCGGACGCCUCCGCUGAGGAGAUUGAAGAGCUGCUUCGAUCCCAGUGGAAUAUGCUCAACGAGAAACAGAAAGCACGCUAUCACACCAAGUUUGCCCUCGUGGCCCCGUCCCCGUACGAAGAAGACUCUGGUAACUUAAAUGGGAAAAAAAGAAACCACACGAAGAGGACACAGGACCCUAUAGAAGAUGCUGAAGUUGAGGACGCUCCCAGGAAGAGACUCAGGACCGACAGGCACAGUCUUCGGAAGAGAGAGACGUUCACGGACAAAACAUCCCGCACAGCCUCUUGCAAGGCCAUCGAGGCAGCCUCCGCGCUCAAGAGCCAGGCAGCCACAAAACAUCUGUCUGACGCCUGCAAGCCCCUGAAGAAGCGGCACCGGGCCCCCACAGCGGCGUCUGCGUCGCUCGCCUUUAGCAAAAGCUCUUCUCCUUCUGCAUCCUUAACUGAGAAUGAGUAGAGCGAGCUCUUACUUUUCUCGCCGCCACUGGCACCGGCUUUUGUGGGAGCCACACCAGCCAAGGUGGACUUGAACCCAGCUGCUCUGCGCUGCACUUAAAAUGCUGUAGUUUCCGAGAUGUCUGCUGCAGGCGGCCUGUCAUCGUGCACACUCAGUGGCAUUCCUUUCACAAUCAGUUAUGGAAGAUGUGUGAUAAUCUGUUUUUACUGGUAUUAAUAACACAUACAAUGAAGAGAACAGAUAACAAAUUUUGAGACCAAGGUAAGAUACCUAAUCAAGGCCAUUUAACCAAUCACAUUCAUCUCAUAACAGAAACACAUUCAUAUUCCAGUGGUCAAUGUAGAUUUCAAGUUGAAAGGAUGCCCUCGAUCAGGGGCUGUCCUGGGCGUGUGACAAGGACAGCACACUGUAGAGGUUCAUCUUGUUAGAGGUCGUUUUUCUCCUCUAGUUCAUAACUUACUGAAUUUUUAUUGAAAAAAAUGUCAGCACCUGUACCUUCAAAAACAAAGAACAAACAGCACACAUUAAAAAGAGUCCUCGUCGACUGUUCUCAUUGCUAAUGGAAUGUAUUCAAUCCUGUAGAUAGUAAACUAAUUUCCAACAUAAAAGGCAGGAAGACUUUUGAUUCUGUCUUUUUUUACUAAACAGUUUUACUAUGACACUAGCUAUAGUAAAUUUGUAGGAAAAAAAAUGUUAUUUACAGUAUCAUUGUGAACCAUUUAACUCUUUUGAUUCAAUAACCCUUAUCUAGGGGGGGUCCUAUAAUCAGGUUAUUUACACCAACCUCUUCAUUGGUUGCUUUUAUAGAACAUGAGCCAUUAUAUUAAAUGUCUCAAUCUUGGGUGACCACCUGGUGUGCCCCAGGGUGUCCGCAUGUUUGCAUGGUGAGGAAAGGCCUCCGUGCCCUUCAGGUCAUAGAGGCGGGAGGGCUCUUCACGUUACCAGGCCGGUAGCACUCGGUUCAUUCCGAGCGGACUCUUCAGGUGUGUUUUUCCUUUAAUGAGAGUUUCUCACUAAAUACUUGUGUUCUAAACCAUUAAGUAGUGUAACGCAUGUAAAACACUUGGGGUGCCUGGCGCCUUGCAAGGACUUAGUGGUUCGCUAUUGUGACAAUAACGGUUAUAACAAUAAAAAUAAUAAAAUCACCAUCAUUCCAUUUUUAUCCAAAAGUAUAAAUUUUGCUUUGGCAUGAAAAGCAAUCCUCUUGAGUGCACUGUGCGCGUGGGGGUAAAGUAACCCUAGAAGCAGCCCACGCUGGGCUUGACUGACGCUUCCAGGUACUGGACUGUGGCUGGGGGCGCGACUCUGCUCAAACUCAGUGGACACGGGGCCCCCAGGACAGCCUCAGUCACGCUGUCCCUAAGGGACGUGGAGGAGCUCAGGACUGAUGUAGGAUUCUCAAAACACCAGUCACUAAAUUUUAAAAUGUGAAAAAACAGUGGUGUAAAAAUGACCCUGGUUCAAGAAGCCAUUACCCAAAGUAAAGACUCGAGCCUGGAAGGCCUUUGACAAGGAUUAAGAGGCUUGUUUGAAAUUAUGGCGUGAUGGAUUUUGAGUUGGUAGCCAGCCAGCGACCGACACGUGAUGGGUGCGUUAGGAGCCAGCAGAGAAAGGGGCGCCUUCCUUUCUGAUGGGGAUGACUCGAUGCUGUGUCCACAGGAGCAGCGUAGACUUAGCCUCAGCUGAGUAAAUAGGGGUGCGUGCAGGAGAGGGGGAGGGGGCGACGCAGUGUUUCUCAGCGCGGGGUGGGGAGACCUCGUCCCAUGGGAGGCGGGAAGGUGCCGGCAGGCAGAGGCAGACGUAGUCAGCAUUGUGGCCUCGCUGAGGGACGCUGGUGGGGGGCAGAGUUCCCGAGAGGGCCUGCCCACAGCUUCCUGAAGGAGGGCAGUGGAAGGGGCUCCUGUUCUGAAAGAGCUGAGGGUCGGGCAGUAGUUUGUCUGCAGGAGCACAGAUCCACUAUGCUGCUAUUUAUAGCAGAAUGGCUUCCUUUCCUAAGGUCAAAGUAAUGCCGAUUCACCCUGGUCUUUAGUCAUUUGAGCUGACAGUUGUUGAGGUGACUUUGGCUAUGCCAUGCACAGAGUCACUGCCGUGACCGCUCCUUCCACGUGCCACACUUGGGCCUGGUGGGGAGGUGGCUGCGAGGAGGGCCUCUGGAACAAAACGGGAGGCCACAGGUGGACACUUGUCUGAGUGUACAGAAGCUGAGAUGGUAGCUGUUCCAGAGAUGAAGGUAGCCCGCGGUAACGGAGCAGCCCCCCUGGGCCCAUGCCGUGUCGGGUGGAGCUGCUCCCACUGCCGCCCACAGACUCCUGUCUCCUUGUGCACCUUUCCCAGAGUCUUCAGCCGUGGGGGACUUAGGUGAGGUUGCCUCUCAGUCCUCUCUUUAGUAUCUCGCACAUUUAUACCUCCCAACUGAAAGUAACCUCACUGUUUUAAAGAGGACAUUCCUAAAAACCGACAAGAAACCUAAGUGAAGUUUCACAAGGAAGCAAAGUUUCAGAAACGUAAGGCAAAGGGUGGCUCUUUGCCGUGUGUGAGUGUGGGAGGGUUAGCCUGCUCCCAGGGUGGUCUCUGUGAGGCCCCCGUCCCAGCGUUAGCUGUGCCUGAUGCCGUGGUUUUCGUGGGAAGUCCACGCAGAACCACAGGAAUGUUUCAAGUGGAGCACUCAGGGCUGGGGCGUGGGAAGGCGGGGGCAGGGGGGGGGGUUGGCCAUUUCAAGGGGUUGCCGUGGUAGGGGACGGGAGCAGCUGAACACACCGGAGGAGAGGACAGCGGAAAGGCGAGGUGUGCUGCCCCUCUCGGUCUCCUGGGCCCUGGUCUGCUCGCCCAGGGUUAGGUCCGGGGUGUGUGAGCGUGGCCAGACUGGGGGCGACUCUCAUAGCUAUCGAGUCUGUCUUAGUAAUGUUCUAAUGAAAAGUCAGACUGUAAAUUAGCAUCUACUUCCGAAAACAUAAAAGGUGCCCACGUGUGGGCUUAAAAUUAGGGUUCUCCACCAAAAGCCUGGACGUUGGGCCCGCUGUGGCAGAUGAAGAGCUGAGGUUUUGUUCACCAUUUCAGUAGCAGUGUAAGUGUUUUAAAUAAAGGAGCGUCCUCCGUCCAUUUGAUGAGUCCAGUAGAAGGAGCGGUGCUUGCUUGGCGGGUGGCUCUUGGCUGGCUUGGGUGAGGCCUCGUGCGGGCCCAGGUGGGCGAGAAGGCACCCUCCCCCAGGCCCCCAGCAGGGACUCCUGUCUGAAAGGGGAGCUGGAGAGUACGGUCACCGUGACUUUGGCAAGUGUCCCUGAUCCCUUUGCCGUUUGGUUGUUUCUAACUCAACUCGUUUCUGAAGCGCGUCUGGCUCCUUUCAGUUAUUAAUUCACGUUUCAGGUUGUUCUGGUCAGAUAGUCGUUUGUAUGUGGACCGAGUGAGAGCUGCCUUGACUUAGUGUGAAACUGGCAUUUGUGCUUUUAAAAUCAAUAGCUUCAUCACCUCAGCUUUUAGAAAUCUAUGAACAGAAGUAGUAAUUGUUGAGGACUCAGUUUUAUCUUUUAGAUUAUGAAUCUAAAUUAUAGUCUUUUGCUGAAAGAACCGAAAUAUCGCUAUCUUAUUAGAAAAGGUUUCUCAGAAUGCUCUCAAAUCUAUGAUUGGCUUUCAAAUUUUUUUUUUUUAAGAAAAAUGCUGACUCCUGUAUAUUUUAGGAUUUUUGGUCAGUGAAAUUGAUUUUCAUCCUUUUAAAAAAGUACUGUUUUUGCUGUUUUACCUAGAAUAUUAGAAAUUAGUACUGAUUUACUUGCCAGUGAUGGAAAGUUGGGUGUCCUUUGCAGGUAACAAACACAUGCCUUGCGUCCCUCCAUCUUGUUGCUUGUACUGCCGGGGUCAGGGGCCACUCGCUUUGGGCAUUUCCACCAGCGAGGACACCCUGAGGGGACCCUCCCGCCUGCUCAGUGUCUGUUUAGGAACCAGACAGGCUUCAUCUUGUGAGAUGCCUUUGUAGCUACAUGGUUACCUGGUAGAUCCACAUUUACAGUUUUUUCUGGCCUGAAUGUAGGUGUUGGGUUUUUGCAUAUAAUUCUUUGGCAUGUGUUUUGAAGCAUGUGCUAACCGUUCGGGGCAUAUUGCACCUUCCAGAAGCGGCUGAGGUGGGGGAGGGCAGCCCGGCCCAUCAGUGGGGGUGGGGUGGGUCACUCAGCGCUGCGCCUGCAGCCGCUGGCCAGGCCCCUCCCCAGCUCCCCGCUCUAGCCCACUCUCUGUGGGACAGCCCCCGCUGGGGACACAGCUGGGACAACGUUGGGUUGAUAGGAUGUUUUAGAGACUCAUUUUGUCUGUGAUGAGGGCGGGCCUUGCGUCUGGAACAGCCCCCACGGCCCGCCUGGCCCCGCGUGGUUCUCCCUGGCGCCUUCUGGGGCUCUCGGUUCUCACAGGAGCUGCCUGGUUAGAAGGUGGGUGUGAGGAUAGUGCCAGGGUGUGUUCCCACGACUCAGACCUGGACUUCAGGGGCAGCUAGGAAGGGUCGAGCUGUGUCAUCUAGAGGGGUUGCUUUAAUACAAAUUCAAUAACUUUUGUUUGAAUUGUAGUAUUUCAGGUGAUGAAUGACUAAUUUACAAAUUACUUUAAUUCCACCCUAAUAUUUCACUGUGAUAUUACCUUGGAAGACCUGUUUGAGAUUAGUCUUUUGACUUUAAACUCAUUAAAUCUCCUGGGCACAGGAUUCGUAUCAUUUGUCAAUCCAAAAUCCUAUGUGAACACACUUCUAGUUAUCUAUUUCUUCCUUUACAAAAGCGUAACUUAAACAUACAAGUAAUGUUGGUUUAUAGAAAUAUCUGUUGUUCAAGGUCUGUAAUUGUAUUUUAAAAAUGAUGUAGUGUUCAACUUGUGAAGGGAUGUGUUUUGUUAAAAGAUUUGAACCUCACUGUAACUCUGUCCGAGGCGUAGGGGACUGCUCUCCAGCCCCGGCAGGGAGGGACCUGCCUGGGAUUCACAUAAGUCGCUUCUCGAAGUUGGUUUAAAUGUGUUCACUAGGUCACAUUAUGUUCGUUAAUAUCAUCCGGAAAAAUCCCUGUAAUGAUCACGGAGACCACAUUCUCUGCCCAUAGAGGAGUGUAUUUCUGAGGCCAACGGGCAGUUCCGUGCUGUCGCAUACUGAGUAGAGUAGAGUGUUUUCAGACUGGAGGAAACUGGAAAGUCAGGAGCGAAGCUGCUGGCCGAGCAGCCGCAGGCGUGGCUCUGGUGGACUCGGGCGCGGCGGGGAGUGCCCGGCAGUCCGCGCCCGUCCACUCGGUCACUGCGGUUCUCUCUUUCCGAAUGCACCCUACCUAUUGGAUAUGGAAUAGACCGUAGAGGUCGUAGCCUGAGAUUUGGGACUGUGUUGGGACCGUGCAGGUGAAUGUGUCGCUUUCACAAACGCAUCUCCAAGUAAGUGCCGGCCCCUGGCGCCCGUGGAGGUGGAGCCUGCAGCCGGAGCCAGGUGCCCGCCCGCUCUGCCCUCAGACCCCCGGCCGGCCGUGUGCUAGGGGUCCGCUGAGUCGCGGGGAAGGGGUGCAGUGGGAUGGAAGCUGGACCCUCCCGCCCCCGUCACGGACUGUGCUGUUGUAAGGUCUGAUGCUGUGUGUGUAUCUUAGACCCAUCAGGACAUGCGCCUCGUGUGUGUCGUGAACAUUUAUACUUCCAUUCAAAAUGUGUAUUCAGUGUUUAUUUCCUCAAACCAGACUUUGUUAAUUUAGGAAAUAUCUCCAAGUGGAAACGUGCUCACUUUUUCUGUAAAUCUUAAAUAAAAGGUGCUGUUCCUUCCUUUGA